GGCCGGGCGGCGCGUGUGGGUGCGCGCGGCGGCGCGGAGCGUCCCGUCCCGUCCCGUCCCGUCCCGUCCCGUUCGGUGCGGUCCCAGCCCGGAGCGGCAUUCCCGGCCGGAUGGCAUCCAACUAUAGAAAACCUGGCUUAAGUACAGCCCAGCGGAAGAAAAGUGGCUUGAAACCUGAACUUACAGAAGAGCAAAAGCAGGAGAUCAGAGAAGCUUUUGAUUUGUUUGACACUGAUGGAUCUGGAAGCAUCGACAUAAAAGAACUGAAGGUUGCGAUGCGUGCCUUAGGCUUUGAGCCAAAGAAGGAAGAGAUUAAGAAGAUGAUAGCAGACAUUGACAAGGAAGGAAGUGGCACCAUCGACUUUGAAGACUUUUUGGCUAUGAUGACACAAAAAAUGAGCGAAAAGGAUUCAAAAGAAGAAAUCCUGAAAGCUUUCAGAUUAUUUGAUGAUGAUGGGACAGGAAAAAUUUCAUUCAAAAACUUGAAAAGGGUUGCCAAGGAGCUGGGAGAAAAUUUAACAGAUGAAGAACUUCAGGAAAUGAUUGAUGAAGCUGAUCGAGAUGGAGAUGGGGAAGUAAAUGAGCAAGAAUUUUUGAGAAUCAUGAAGAAAACUAGCUUAUACUAAUAUCUGUUGCCUUGCUAUAUAGCUGGUCCAAAAGACAACCYGGAAAAGGUUUAAAAACUGCGCUUGUGCCUCCUAAAUAUUUUCUGCCAUGUAAAGAAAGUCUGAAAGGACAGAUUUUCUGGUUCAUUCUUCUUUUUCAUCGAAGAUAAUUGGGGAAGGAGGGCUGCAGUACCCAAAACUGCCAAAAUGAGAUACUGUAAAAGUCAAAAGGAAGAAUGAACUGAGCCUGUAAGGCAGGAUCCCUUCCACUCCACCAUAACAACUUCCCUGAUUGCCAUUUUGGAUAAAAACAGCUGUGUUUUACUAUUUAACAAGAUAUUUCACUUGAGAUGUGAAGAUUCCCACUGCUGCUUGACUUUCCUAAGUCUAGAGAUAGAAGGGACAAGCACAGUAUUUUUUAUUCCUUUGAAGGUUUUAUAGGUUAUCUUUUGAUAUUUGUCUCCUGAUGUUCAUUUUCAUGAAAGAUUCUAAAAUGAAUUGCAUAUUUGUCUGUAUUUCUAUAUGAAACGCUGUUUUUCCUAUGGCAAGUUGUUAUUAGAUUUAAUGGGAAGCAAACGUAGAUUUGGUUCUUCCUUUGGAGCUGUGUGCCAUCCAUAGAUGUUCUUGUGUUUAUCUGAUCACCUGAAACCUGAAUGAAACUUGAAUGUAACCUGCUUGGGUGACCAAAGUUUAUURUAUAACCAGGCAACACCUUGUGCCAUUGUUCUUACUCCCCAGAUAUUACAGAGCUGCUGUUACUCCAGGGUUUCAGGUACCUAAAAAGUUCAUUUCCGUGGUGCACUAGAGUAAAWUUUGUCUUGUUGACAGUUACAUUGUAGAGAGGAUUUGUAUCUGAAGUAGCUCACUAUGAGUAUCUGUGGAACACUGAAUGUAUUUAGAUCCAUACAAUCCAAAUUCAUUUCACACAUCACAGAUUUUGGGGUGKUUUUUUUAGGAAUACCUUCAUUUUCUUYAGUAUUUCUUGCAUAUACUGGCAAUGUAGGACUUA